GUUCCGCCCGGGCUCGUCAUUCCGCCGCCCCGGGCCCGGUGCCGCUGCCGCCGCCGCCGCUUCCCCUGAGCUGCGGCCCCCGCCCGCUCCCUCCCUCGUGGGGCUGCCGGUCCGCGUCAGCGGCCACCCCCUUCCCGUACCGGCCCGCCGGCAGGCGCCGGUUGUGCCCUCCCCGCCCCUUCCUCCCCUGUCUUCCCCUCACCCCCCCGCCCGCCCGGCCCCUCUCCCGCCGGCCGAGCCCCGGAGUGCCGCCGCCGCCGGGGUGUGAGCGGGGCCCGGCGCCGUGCCGGGCCGUCCCUCGCCGGCGGGGCCAUGGCCGCGAGCGCCAAGCGGAAGCAGGAGGAGAAGCACCUGAAGCUGCUGCGGGAGAUGAGCAGCCUCCCGCCCAACCGCAAGUGCUUCGACUGCGACCAGCGGGGCCCCACCUACACCGACAUGACCGUGGGCAGCUUCGUGUGCACCUCCUGCUCCGGCAUCCUGCGGGGCUUGAAUCCACCCCACAGAGUGAAGUCGAUUUCAAUGACUACGUUCACACAACAGGAAAUAGAAUUUCUGCAGAAACAUGGAAAUGAAGUGUGCAAACAGAUUUGGCUCGGCCUAUUUGAUGAUAGAUCAUCAGCAAUUCCAGACUUCAGGGAUCCACAGAAAGUAAAGGAAUUUCUACAGGAAAAAUAUGAAAAGAAAAGAUGGUAUGUUCCUCCAGAGCAAGCAAAGGUGGUGGCAUCAGUCCAUGCAUCCAUCUCGGGCUCUUCUGCCAGUAGUACAAGCAGCACGCCUGAGGUGAAGCCGCUCAAAUCUCUCUUGGGAGAAGCUGCACCCACACUGCACUUAAACAAGGGCACACCUAGCCAAUCUCCUGUUGUAGUUCGAUCUCAAGGACAGCAGCAACAAGAAAAGAAACAAUUUGACCUCCUCAGUGACCUUGGCUCAGAUAUCUUUGCUGCUGCCCCUCCUCAGUCAACUGCUACAGCGAAUUUUGCUAAUUUUGCACACUUCAACAGUCAUACAGCGCAGAACUCUGCCAAUGCAGGUUUUGCAAACUUUGAUGCAUUUGGACAGUCUAGUGGCUCGAGUAAUUUUGGAGGUUUCCCCACAGCAAGUCAGUCUCCUUUUCAGCCCCAAAAUACAGCGUUCAGAACGCUUUCAUCUAGCUGCAGUUUUGGUGAAUUUACUUCAGCUUUUCCUCUCCAGGCUGUACACAGUGGAAGUGCUGGAUCAGUGAAUGCUAAUUUUGCUCACUUUGAUAACUUCCCCAAAUCCUCCAGUGCUGAUUUUGGAUCCUUCAAUGCUUCUCAGAGCAACGCCACAGCAACUGCAGCCAGUAAAGCUGCAGUGAAUAAACUGAAUCUUCAGUCAGCUGACAAAUAUGCAGCUCUUGCUAAUUUAGAUAAUAUCUUCAGUGCAGGGCAAGGUGGGAGUGAGCAGGGAAGUGGCUUCAGCACAGCAGUGUCCUCAGCAGGCCCUGCCCUGUCAGCCCCCAACCAGUCAAGUGCAUCUUCGGACAAGUACGCGGCGCUGGCGGAGCUGGACAGCGUCUUCAGCUCCACGGCCACCUCCAGCAACGCCUACACCGCCACCAGUAACGUCAGCAGCAAUGCUUUUGGAACAGUACCUGUAGCUGCUACAGCACAGACGCAGCCUGCAUCUUCAAGCGUGCCUGCUCCAUUUGGAGCAACGCCUUCCACAAAUCCAUUUGUAGCUGCCCCUGUUGCCCCAGUGGCACCUUCAACAAAUCCAUUCCAGACCAAUAGCCGAGGAGCAACAGGCCUCUCGGGAGCAAUGCACUCUCACAUAUUUCCUCAGGCUCAUUUUGCAGCAACAUUUGGUACUGCAUCCAUGAGCAUGCCGGCAGGAUUUGGAACUCCUGCCUCCUACAGUCUUCCUACUAGUUAUAGUGGCAACUUCCAGCAGCCCACGUUCCCAACCCAGGCAGCUUUCCCUCAACAGACUGCUUUUGCUCAGCAGCCAAAUGGAGCAGGUUUUGCUACAUUUGGGCAAGCAAAGCCUGUAGUAACUCCUUUUGGACAAGUUGCAGCUGUUGGAGUAUCUAGUAACCCUUUUAUGGCUGGUGCACCAACAGGACAAUUUCCAACAGGAAGCUCAUCAACCAAUCCUUUCUUAUAGCCUUAUAGACACUUUACCCAAAAGAACUCUUAUGUGGUCACAUAACAUCUCUGCGCCUCUUGCACUGUUGUCUUGUUUCACUGAUAUUAGCUUUAAACACAAAAGAAGUCUUUAAGAAGUAAAAAUAAAAGCCUGCAUUGUGUACCUUUAAAAAGUUUCAAAAAGGAAAAAAAACCACCACCCAACACAAAAAGCAAGAAAACCAACCCCCCACCAGGUAAUAACGUGCAAAACAGAGGGCUGUGGUUACAUCCUUGAACCUGUGAAGUGGCAGGUACAAAGUAGCGGUAUCAUGUGUAUUACAAUUGGCUAAUAAGUUAUUGCAGAUACCACACUCAUUAUGCUGCAGUACUGUACAUAUUUUUCUUAGAAAAUAGCUAUUUGUGCAUAUCAGUAUUUGUAACUUUAACACAUUGUUAUGUGAAAAUGUUACUGGGGAAUAGAUCAGCCACUUUAAGGUGCUGUUGUAUCUCUUGGAUGAAUGAGCUGCAUCAUUUUAACCAUUGGUAUUGGAAGUCACGAAGUUAAAUUGAAGGUUUGUUCAUUUCUCAAAAUGUUUUCCUUUCCUAAGAGCUCUUCUAUUUAUACAUGCCUAAAUCUCUAAUGUUAGAGGGAUACCUGUCUGCAUAAUAAAGCUGAUCAUGUUUUGCUACAGUUUGCAGGUGAAAAAAUAAAUAUUAGAAAAAAAACCCCUGUGUAGCAUUAUUUCUGUGCAGUAACAUGUACUGGAUGAAAAUGUACACACUGCAUCUUGUAUACAGAUGAGGUGUCCAAAGCAGUGUGUUUAAAGGUGAGCUAAGCCUAAAAUUUUCACAUCCUCACUUGGAUGUGUUUCUUUUUGCCCUUGUGAUGAAGCUCACUGUUCUAGCUCAAGUGAAGUGACCUGUCACACAGGAGAGUGUUAGGUGAGGUUUGGAUUGUUUGCAUAGAGUAUGUCAUGAAGGACGCUGGAAGCACUGGGAAGGGUAGUUAUUGGAGAGGAGGUUUGCAGCAAAGGACACCUUAUUAUGGGUAACUAAUGACAGGCUCUGAACAAGCCUUAGUUGUGCUCUGAACAGUGUGUAACAGCAGGCCAAGGAACCACAGAUGUAAUAGCCCUCUCUUUAUUAAAAACUGAU